UCUAUUGCUGUGUCAAGUUCCAGAGAAGAGUUUCUUUCAUUCCAAGUUGCCAACCAGCCUCAGACACAGAGUUGAAGCAAGAGGCCAGAAGAAAAGGAGUGUCCUGCUGCAGAUGGGCUAAGACGAUCCAGCACAGAGCAGCUGACCAGAGAGAGCCUCGCCAUGUCUGCAGUUCCUCUUAUACCUGUGUGGAGGCAAAGUACCAAGUAAAGGGCAGAAAGCAAGACAUCAGAAAUGCCCUGCACUUUGGGGACUUUUGGCCUAUGGCUUCUACUGAUUUUGACUGUCUCCUUAGUGGCUGAAAUGAGAACCCUGGUUACACCAAGCAAUGGAUUAAGACCAAAAAUGAGCAAGGACAAUGACAGUGCAGCUUCAACAAACAGUUCACUUAUGGACAGACAACAGAGAAGUUUCAUACUUCCUGUGGAAGCAAACACUUCCCUGUCUAAGCCUGUGGACACAAAGGCUGUGCUCUCUUGCCCUCCGAUCACCCAGAAAGCUGUGCUGGUAACAGUAAGAUGGGAAAUAAUCCUCAGAGACAAGCCUUCCUGCACCAGAGCCUACAGGAAAGAUACAAAUGAGACCAGGGCCAUAAACUGUAGUGACGAGACAAUAUCCUGGGACUCCAGACCUGAUCGGAAUCCCGCCCUUCAGAUCGAUCCAGUGGCCGUCACUCAUGAUGGAUAUUACAGGUGUGAAGUGGUCACAACUCAUGGGCAUUUCUCUCAUGGAUAUCACCUGAAAGUGUUAGUGCCCCCCGAGGUGACCCUGUUUCAACUUGAGAAUGGAACUAUCGUGUGUAGGGCAGCUGCAGGGAAGCCAGCGGCGCAGAUCUCCUGGACCCCAGGGGGAGAUUGUCACACUGUGGAAGAGCCACUGGGCAAUGACACAGUGACCGUCCAGAGUUCGUGCCGCUGGGAGGACCACCGGGUGUCUAAGGUGUCCUGCUCUGUGUCCCAUCUGACUGGCAACAGGAGUCUGUCCAUUGAGAGGAAUUCAGGAGUCCAGUCAGCAGUAUACGUCAAAACUGUAUAUAUCAUCUUGCCUGUUUUGAUUAUCUUGGUCAUUUUGGGAUCUUUUUGCCUUUGGAAAAUCGGUGUCUGCAGAAAAUACAAAUUAAAAAAAAGAGAAGCUAAUUCAGUUGCUGAGGAGGAUGAAAUGCAGCCCUAUGCCAGCUACACAGAGAAGAACAAUCCACUUUAUGAUACCGUGAGCCAGGUGAAGAGGUCUGAGGUGUUACAAAAUGAAGCUGAUGGGCUGUGUCUCCAUACUUCAUACAUUACUGGAAUCUAGCACUAGGUCAAAUGAAGAAAGAUACAGUACAGCUACCAUGUUUAUUUUCUUGGUGUUCUACAAUGCAAAACCUAUUUUGAGAUUAGCUUUUCAAAGAUUCUGAGAACAUAGAGACUUUUAAAGUGUGUGCUUCCAUAUCCUUACUUAUACAAUGGAUAUUUUAGAAUGUGAGCUGCUAUUAACUAGUCCUUUCAAGAACUGAUAUCAUUACAAAGAAAGCAAAUGCUCAUGAUAAAAUAUUCUAAUUGCUUAAGUACAGUAGAUAAUGAAAACUGAGUUUCCUCAAGAAAGAACUCUGCAGAAGGAACAACAAUCAACAGCUUUUAUGUGUCCUCCAGAAAAUUUUGUGUACAUACAUAUGCUGAAGGUAUGUAUGUGUGUACAUUUAUAAGACUUUACAUAUAUACCCAUAUCCUUGUCAAGAUACAUAUGGGAACAUACCGUGAUGCUCUUCUGUACUGAUAGAAAGCUAUAAUAUAAUAGGUCUUGGAGAUCUUUUCCAUGAAUACAAGCAGAGCUACCUCAUUCUUUUUAAUAGCUAUAAAACAUUCCAUUGUAUGGUUAUGUCAUAAUUUAAAUAGCCACAGCCCUAGUGAUAGACAUUUAGAUUGCUUUAAGCUUUGUUUGUAUGUUUUGCUGUUAUAACCAAUACCACAUAGAAUGUUUCUUAUGGAUAUAUCUCUUUAUAUUUGUUUCAGUAUAUUUAUACAGUAAUUUCUCUCAGUGGAAUUACCAGGUCAAAAGGGUUUGUGCUAUAAACAUUGGGGUGCAUGUGCCCCUUCGAAAUAGCAUACCUGUAUCCCAUGGAUAAAUACCUAGUAGUGCAAUUGCUGGGUCGUA